CCUGUAUUACACAUCGUAAAGAUGUGAUGUGUAAAAAUAAGUCUUUUUUUAAUUUUCUGUAAGAAUGAAGUUAAUCAAUUCUUGUUUAUAGUUUCCUAAUAAGCUUAUAUGUUAAUGAAGUUGUUUAUUAUUCAUUUUUGUGACGGAAUAAGUUAUUUACUGCAGUAUGAAUUCGAACGAAAAUUUGAUUUCGUGCUCGAUUAAUUUAGAAUGGCAAACGCCCCAAGGAACGACUGGACGAAAAAUUGCAUAUAAAAGUGGUCAUGUACGAAUAAUUCGUAAUGAGUUUCGAAAAAUGUUCAUUGAAAUUGGAACAGGCAAGUCAACAGCUUCAACUAAACUAGAAGUUAAAGGAAUAGUGGUUCACAAUAAAUUUAUGAAUGAUGGGAAAGCAUCUAUUAAAUUUCCUGAAGAGCGUUGUACAUUAUUUCUUUCUAAUGCUCCCCCUUCGGCACUAGUUGGAUUUUUAAAAACGAUAUUUGUGAAAAUGACUGGAGAAAAAAACAUUUCGAAUAACAACCUUUCUUUGAGAGCUCAGUUAUUGAGCAAUAAACCAAGGUCAUUUGAAGAAAUAAGUCCUGUUACAAAUGCUGAAAUAGACAAUGCCAAGGAAAAGUUGUCUAGAGGUACUGAUACUACACCAUCACCUUCAAGCAGGAAAAGAAAAAAAUCUGAAACAAAUCAUGAUCAUAAAGCACCUGCAGCUAAAAAACUGUAUGCACCAUCUCCUCUUCCUAAUCAAGAAUUAACCGAUGAACAAAAAAAAGUCUUGGAUGCUUGUCUUUCAGGAAGAAAUGUUUUCUUUACUGGAAGUGCUGGGACAGGAAAAAGUUUUCUCUUGAAGAAAAUUAUUGCUGCUUUACCACCAGAUGUAACUUAUCCAACUGCAUCUACAGGAGUAGCAGCUUGCCACAUUGGGGGUACAACAUUGCAUCAAUUUGCAGGAAUAGGUUCUGGAGAAGCAACUUUAGAAAAUUGUUAUGAUAAAGCUUCAAAACCAGCAGCUGCAAGGGUCUGGCGACGUUGUAAACACCUCAUAAUUGACGAGAUUUCUAUGAUUGAUGGCAAUUUUUUUGAGAAAAUAGAAGCAGUGGCUCGAUACAUUCGAAAAAAUGACAAACCUUUUGGUGGCAUCCAGCUUAUACUCUGCGGUGAUUUUUUUCAACUUCCUCCUGUUGUAAAAAAGGAUGCAAAUUCCAAAAUUCCAAAAGUGCGUUUUUGUUUUCAAACCCCCGUGUGGAAAAAAUGUAUCCAAAUAAGCUAUGAGCUAACUCAGGUUCACAGGCAAAAUGAUAUGAAAUUUAUCGACAUCCUGAAUAAUAUUCGUGUGGGGAACAUAACUUCGGAAAUUUCAGAGAAACUUUUGGCAACCUCAAAGCAGGUCAUUGAACAAAAUGGAAUUUUAGCAACAAGAUUGUGUUCUCAUACCCAAGAUGCAGACAGCAUCAAUCAAUCAAAAUUAAGUAAUCUUCCUGGUGACUCUAAAGUAUUUGAAGCAGAAGACAGUGAUAAAUCGAUGUCUUACAUUUUAGACCAACAAACUACAGUACCUUCAACAUUAGUAUUGAAAGUUGGCGCUCAAGUAAUGCUUAUGAAAAAUAUAAAUAUCGCGUCCGGUUUGGUAAAUGGGGCUCGUGGUGUUGUGGCAGGUUUUCGGGAGGGGCUCCCAGUUGUCAAGUUUCGUAAUAACAAAGACUAUGUAGCAAAACAUGAACGUUGGAUGGUGAAAUCCAUACACGGAGGUACAAUUAUUCGAAAACAGAUACCGUUAAAACUUGCGUGGGCCUUUUCUAUUCAUAAGUCUCAAGGUUUGACUUUGGAUUGUGUGGAGAUGUCUUUGUCCAGAGUUUUUGAAGCUGGCCAAGCCUAUGUGGCUCUUUCCCGAGCGCAAAGCUUAGAAACUUUGAGGGUUUUAGACAUGAAAUCUUCACAAGUUUAUGCCAAUCCUGAUGUUCUCAAUUUUUAUAGGCGUUUUAAAGAACAACUGGAUAUCACGGAAUAUAUUGCAUUAGGAACGAAAGAAAAUAAAGGUAAGAAAGUGCAAAAACUUAAAUCAAAUGUAUGGCUUAACAAAAAACCACUUGUUUGCAUAUCUUAAGUAAAUUUUAUUAUUUUUUAAUGUGGGUAUUUUUAAAGCACAAAAAAUGCAUUUUGUUUUU